GUGCCCCCCGAACCAGACAAUCUUGCCCUAUCAGCCUUCGCAGCGUCGUUGCCAUCGCCGCUCUUGCUCUCGCCACCCUCUCCUUCAAGUUGCGGUCACCACCAUCGUUGGUGGGUUCGUUCUUUUUCCUGUAAUUGAAUUCUGCCCAUCUCUCUCUUCUUCUUUCUCUGGAAUUGUGCCUUCGAAUUGUGCUUUUUGGGUAUCGGGUAUUUGGAUUUGUGCAUUAGAUCGCCAUGCCUCGCCAACGUUCGUCGCGACCAGCCCCUCGGCCCGUGGCGCGUCAGGCACCUCCGCCUGCGCCUGUGCGGCAAGCGCACCCGCCUGCCGUGCCCCAGCAGAGUCAAGGAGGAGGGAUGCUGGCUGGUCUUGGGAGCACAAUUGCGCAAGGGUUGGCGUUCGGAACCGGGUCUGCCGUGGCGAACAGGGCCGUCGACAGCAUCAUGGGGCCGCGGACGGUGGUGCACGAGCACAUCGGAGCCUCCGAGAGUGGUGGCCAGCCGCUCGCACAGCCUGUUUCUGCUGACGCUUGUGUCAACCAGUCGAAGGCGUUCCAGGAUUGCGUGAACGCCAACAACAGUGAUAUUGGGAAGUGCCAGUUCUACAUUGACAUGUUGAAUGAGUGCCGACGUGGGCCUGCGCAGACGAUGUUAUGAUAGAAUUGAUCGGAUAUUGCUGCAUUGGGAAAUUUCACAUGUGGCAAUGAAAACCUAUUUUUAUAGAAGGGAGAUUCCUCGCCCAGUGGUUAGUAUGGGGCUAGUUGUGAUGAAGACAUAUGUAUGUCGCAGAUGCUCUUAGGGGUUUAUGUCUUGAAUAGCACAUAUGUGGCAAUCUAUGGAACCAUUUAAGGACCAAUCAAAGAUAUGUUACCUCUACUCCAAGACAGUCCUUAUGUUUUUC